AUGAACACGAAACACCACCUGCCCGUACCUUCUGUAGAUACAGAAACACUUUCUCAUUUCGACCCACUGAUGAAAGUAAUAGACAAAAUAGCGAAUGGGCAAAGAGUGCCGCCUCAAAUCACCAUGCAGUACGAAAUGCUCCGAUUUUGUACACUUCGUUCAUAUCCGAAGGAAAAUAAACCAUUUAUAACCAGAAUUGCACAAGCAGGGUUUUAUUAUGCAAACAGCGGGGACGAGCUAGUUUGUUAUUGUUGUGCGCGAAGAAAAAGUAACUGGAGUGAGAGUGACAUUCCCAUGGACGUUCAUCGACAAAUGAAUCCGAACUGCAGAUUUCUCGUUUGCAAUUCCACUGUCAACGUUCCAAUCAAACCAGUUCAAAUAUUAAGAUAUCCUUUGCUAACGUCUAGUCAUGAAAACAAUUCGCCUAAUGUAAACAGCACAGAAACAUCGAUAGAAUAUCAACCACAGAACAGAACUAAUGAAAAGCUGCCUGUAGUGAAUGAAACAGUUGAAAGUACAAUUCAGUCAACAACAAAAUUUUCUACCGUUAUAGCGCGUAGAAACACAGUCCAGACUGGUGCCUCUACUGCAUCAAUGCCUUCUCACUCACACCACCUUGCCGAUCACGUGACCAGACUGAGUGUCGUAACGAGCUGCGGUAGUAAAUCGUUGUUAAAUUCGUUAAAUUCGAGUGGUCCUCCAAAUUAUCCUCUUGAAACGACAGCUUCAAACACUUAUCCUGCUAAAUGUUACAAAAGUUCUAAUGACGAAAGAAAACAGGCACAGCAGAAUGAUACCCCAAAGUAUCCAAAGUAUUCUAGCAGAGCUAUUCGACUUGCAAGCUUCAAUGAAUGUGGUGACGUAGUCAUUUCGCCAGGCUGUCUGGCUGAGACAGGUUUCUUUUAUGCUGGAUUUGGUGAUUGUGUGAGAUGUUUCCAUUGUGGAGUUGGUCUUCGACAUUGGUCUGAAGAAGAUGAUCCUUGGAUAGAACAUUCCAGAUGGUCAAAGGAUUGUGUCUUUGUUAAACAAAUGAGAGGUCAGGAGUUUGUGAAUCUUGUGCAGAUGGCGGUGCAAUAUUCCCAAAACCAUGAUCAAAAUGGAAAUAAAACGCCCACAGACAAUAUGACAGCUGCCACACAGGGAAGAGAUGUAAUAGAGAAUCUAUUGCACAGUGAUGCAGCCCAAAGUGUAUUAGAGAUGGGAUAUCAUCCGGAUGUUAUAAGAAGUGCUAUCGGACAAAUAUUAGAGUUAAACGACCGACCUUAUCUAACGGCAGUAAAGUUGAUGGAAAAAAUAUUUGCUAUUGAAGAGGGUGAGAACUUUAACAGAGCAGAGCAAAAUGCGACACAAGAACGGGAUCACUGUGCAUUGGAAACGGAGGAUAAACGAGAGAAAACUGAACAGUACAAUGCUUAUAAAUCUGGAACAAGGGCAAAAGAUAUUAACAAAAAUGUUGCUGUACUCAAUACUUCACGUGCGGAAACAAAACCAACUAGCUCCAUAUCAAGCGAUAACAGUGAUAGUUUGUCUGCACGGUAUUCCAAUAUUUCCAAAUCUAAAAUACCAGGAUGCAAUCAGAUUUCGGAAAGGAAGAGGAUAAAAGAAGAAAAUGCAAAUCUAAAACAGCAGUCUGUUUGCACAAAGUGUAAACAGAACGAUGUAUGCAUUGUUUUUCUACCAUGUGGACAUUUAGUAACAUGUGAAGGUUGUGCACCAUCUCUUAGAUAUUGUUCAGUUCAGACAUGUGGAAAAUACAUUAAAGGGACAGUUAGAACAUACCUAGCAUAAAACUACCGUUUAAAGCGUGGAAGAUAAAAUAAUUAUAAGCUAUGUCUUAAUUUUCCUUGUCAUUGGCAAAAUACAUUUACGUUUGUUCUGUACAGUAUGUAUAAGCAGAAACUUAAACAUGAUACACUGUACUUUUUGCAAGUCCAGGAAAAUGGGCACGUUACACUUAGUCAGCGGAUUAAACAGUUUGCAUGUAUAAAAAGACUUAACAUAUGUUUAUAGAAAAUUAGUCUGUUUUCGAUGGUUUUAACUUGCAUUUAAUUUACAUUUUAACUAGAUAACUUUUGUGGAUGAUUCAAUCUAAUGUAUUCAAUGAAACACAUUAACUCGAUUUCAAAUACUUUGAUUUUUGGUUCAUAACGUUUCUACCAUUUACAUUAAUUGAAAUUCGUUGUAUACUGUUGUCUUGGUGCUAUAGUAUAAUUUAUGUUUUUCAUCAGCAUGCAUGUAGUGUACUCGAUUCGUAAGGAAGUGAUAUAAACAUUCUUUUUUGUGACACUAUGCUGUACAAUAGUGAUGUUUUUUGAAUGUUGAUUUGUUACCUUUAAAUACAUAAAAAUUAUAUUUCACCAAGUGCAAUAAUAUUCCGCUUUUAAAUAAUUGUAAACAUGUAAAUAGUAUUGUCUAUUUUAUUUUACAAGACACCAUUUCCAUGCAGUCUGAAAUAAGCGUGUUAUGUGUUACAGCGUGUUGUAAGUCUUUCAGACUCUAUUUGAUAUAUAAGAUAUAAAUUCGAAGGGUGUAGUAGAUUUUGUCCGAUUGUUUAUAAACGGACUAUUUUAUUUCCUUAAAACAGAACUGCUUCAAAAAUGACAUUUGUCAGUACUGAAAGGAACCGCAACGACUGUGUUGCUAGUUGUGAACCAAAUGUGUUUAUGGUAUAUUGUUAUGUAUGUAAAUUAAUAAGUACUGAACUUGGACUAUUUUAUUUUUAAGAGGUUGUUUUGUAUCUUUGUUCAGGUUGUACGGUGUUUGGUUUUAUUUUGAUAACUGAUAUAUGUUUUAUAUGUAUUAUAUUUGUGAUUAUCCAAGGAAAGUAUUAUACGUUCCUAUUUGAUCUCAUUUGAAAAUGUAGUAGCAUCACUAACAUGUUCAUAAUCAUGCUCUGUUAGUCAUACUUUUUUAUUUGUAAAUUUUAAACACAUUGGCAUUAUCUCUUAUGCUUAGAUAUUGUUGUUUCGGUGCUAUAGUAUAAUUUUGUGAAUAACGAUUUUCAUUAGACUAUAUGUAUAUACUUUAUUCGUAGAGAAGUGAUAUAAACAGUUUUUGUGAAAAUGUGCUGCACAUUACUGAUGAUUUGUUACCUUUACAUAUAUACAUAUAUAUAUAUAUAUAUCACCAAGUGAAAUAAUAUUCCGCUUUUAGAUAUCUGCAAAUAUCUAUAGGUCUGUAUCUAUUUUGUUUUGCAAGACACUAUUUUCACACAAUUUCAGAUCAGUGUUUUACGGACAUACAGCUUGGUAUGAGUCUUUCAUACUCUAUUUAAUCUAUAAGAUAUAAAUUUGCAGUUAAAUAGAGAAUUGAUGUAAUAUAUUUUGUCCGGUUGUUCUUUAACGGACUAUUUUAUUUACUUUAAUACAGAACAUCUUCAAAAAUGGCAUUUGUCUAUACUGUGAACCAAAUGUGUUUAAAUGUGAUAAGUUGUUAUAUUUUUAUUUUUAGUCAAAGUUGAUUGGCAUCUUUGUAUACGUUGUACAGUAUUUGAUUUUAUUUCUGAUUUAUUUUUACACUUUAUUAAUUAAACAUAAUAUUAAAUUUGUUAUUAUCAAAAGCAUGUAUUAUAUGUCCCUUUAUGAUCUCAUUUGACAAUGUAGUAGCAUCACUAACUUGUUUAUAUUCUUGCUCUGUCAGGCAUAUCGCUUUCAAUUUGUAAGUUUUAAACACAUUGGCAUUAUCCCAAUUGUUAAGGUAUGUAGAUUAUCUACGAAAAUCAUAACAAGUACCAAAGAAUUUGUAUUAUCAUAAAAUUGUUGGAAUUAUAUUUUAAAUUAUUUAUUAAAAGACAAUAAAUCAUUAAAUCAUUAAAUACUCAAA